UUCCUUCGCUAUGACUUCCAAGGACUGAGUCUUCUGAUCGAGACGAGUUCCAGUUUGAUCGGGGGAACGCCAUGAUCACGCGUUCGAAUCUAGCGGAACAGCUUAGAGAGUAUCAGAUUCGGUCUAAGCACGACUGGGCUUCUGUUUCAUUUUUCACGUCUACUGCAAAUCCCAUUUCAAGGGCGGAUGGUGUAAUCUAUGUCGUAUGGGAACUCAUAAUUCUUGCUUUCCUGGUUUUUUCAGCAGUUUCUUUAUAUUUUAGGUAUAUGCGAUUAGCAUUUAUCUUAAUAUGCGUCACAAUGAUGUUGCUUGUGUGCAUGAAAAUUACAAAACAAGUAAGAUUGGCCCGCAGGAAGAAAGGAAGAAUGCUUCUUCCAUUAUCCAUGUAAUAGUAGGGAAGUUAGAGCCUUCUGAAAGAUAUAGUCCAAAUUUGGUGUAAAGGUUUGUCCAUUUUUUUUUCAUGGCAUAUGUAUUUACUAAUCAAGUUGAGUAAAAAAUUACAUUCAUACUAUUUUUUGCUGAAA